AUGUGCCCUGUACGACUCCAUGACAGCAUCUCUGAGGAAGGCUUCCAUUAUCUCAUCUUUGACCUCGUCACUGGAGGAGAACUCUUUGAGGACAUUGUUGCUCGAGAGUACUACAGCGAGGCAGAUGCCAGCCACUGUAUCAAUCAGAUCCUGGAGAGCAUCAGUCACAUCCACCAGCACGACAUCGUGCACAGAGACCUGAAGCCAGAGAAUCUGCUCCUGGCCAGUAAGAUGAAGGGAGCAGCGGUGAAGCUUGCAGAUUUUGGUUUAGCCAUAGAGGUGCAAGGGGACCAACAAGCAUGGUUUGGUUUUGCUGGAACUCCUGGAUAUUUGUCCCCGGAGGUGCUGAGAAAGGACCCAUACGGCAAACCAGUGGACAUAUGGGCAUGUGGUGUGAUCCUGUACAUCUUGUUGGUGGGCUACCCUCCAUUCUGGGAUGAAGACCAGCACAAACUGUACCAGCAAAUCAAAGCUGGUGCCUAUGAUUUUCCUUCUCCAGAGUGGGAUACAGUGACUCCUGAGGCCAAGAAUCUGAUCAAUCAGAUGUUAACGAUUAACCCUGCCAAAAGAAUCACGGCUGACCAGGCCCUAAAGCAUCCCUGGGUCUGCCAACGCUCCACUGUGGCCUCCAUGAUGCACCGCCAAGAAACUGUGGAAUGUUUGCGCAAGUUCAACGCCAGGAGGAAACUCAAAGGAGCUAUCCUCACAACCAUGCUGGUGUCCAGGAACUUUUCAGUGGGACGGCAGCAUACCAGCCCUGCUGCUACCACCAGCACGGCCGCAAUGGCUACGGAAGCGUGCAAAACUUUGCUGAACAAGAAGGACGGCGUGAAGUCGCAGGGAAACAACAGUAAAAACAGUGUAGUAAGCAGCAGCAGCACCAAAGACAGCAGCAUGUCAUCUACAGCACCAAUGGAAGCCCAGACAACUGUUGUACACAACCCAGCUGACGGCACCAAGGGCUCCACGGAGAGCUGUAAUAAUGCAGACGAUGAUGAGAUGAAAGCUCGCAAACAAGAGAUAAUAAAGAUGACAGAGCAGCUGAUUGAAGCCAUCAACAAUGGGGAUUUUGAUGCCUACACGAGAAUCUGUGACCCCGGCCUGACCUCCUUUGAGCCGGAGGCUCUCGGGAACCUGGUGGAGGGCAUGGACUUUCAUAAGUUCUACUUUGAGAAUCUUCUGAGUAAAAACAGUAAACCUGUGCACACCACCAUCCUCAACCCCCACGUCCAUCUGAUCGGUGAGGACGCCGCCUGCAUCGCCUACAUCCGCCUGACGCAGUACAUGGACGCUCAGGGCCGGCCGCGCUCCUGCCAGUCUGAGGAGACGCGCGUGUGGCACCGCCGCGACGCCAAAUGGCUCAACGUGCACUUCCACUGCUCCGGAGCGCCCGCCGCCCCGCUGCAGUUUCCUGAAACUUUGAAGCUCUCUGGAGCCUUUAGUUCUCUGCGGUCGGAGUGGAGCCCUGAUCCUGGCUGGGACGAGGCUGCCUGA